AUGGCCACACUAGGCAAAGAACUGGUAUUGUUCAGUCUUCACGAAAACUCACUGGUCCGAAGACCGAGGCUAGUGAAUUUUGAUGUCGGAGAUGACAUUUUAUAUACAAACGUCAAUGUCUUCAAUGACCCCCACCUGCAGCAGGGUCUGGCCAAAAUCAAGCAUGAACAGGAGCUUCAGCACCAGCUGCUAAUCCAGCACUACCGACAGCAGCAGCAGCAGCUAGCACAGGAGCACGAAAAACAGCUAGAGAAUCAUAUCAAGAAGCAGCAAGAAAUGCUGGAACAGCAGAAGAAGCUACAGGAGCAACAUCGCAUGGAGAAGGAGCUAAUGGAGAACGAACGACUAGAACAGAUAAAAAACAAAAAGGACGGCGAACAAAGUGCUAUAGCAUCGUCAGAAGUAAAGGCCCGGCUACAGGAAUUUGUUCUUACUAAGAAACAGCGAGAGGCUGCGGCCAGGAAUUCACCUCCGGCCUUACGAUGGGGUGUGGAUCAGAGUUCCCCACCCCAGGGGAUUUCACCGCCCUAUGCCUCACACCUCCUGGGCAAAUACGAAGACUUCCCCCUGAGGAAAACAGCCUCGGAGCCCAACUUGAAGGUGAGAUCUGCGCUAAAACAAAAACUAGAAAGUCAGCGGAGGAUAAACCAUAGUCCGAUCUUACCCCGAAAGAACAAGUUUGUCAAACGAAAGCCACAGCUCUCACUGGACUGUAGCAGUAACUCAGACUCCGGACCAAACUCCCCGCCCGCUGGUCUCCACGCUUCAAUGGUCAAUGGCAGCAUGACCUCCAAAGAGGAUGGAGGCUCCUACCCCUUCUUACUGUACCGCUCCAUGGGUUACCAUGCCAACGAUCUCUACCCAUCACCCUCCAUGCCUAACAUCUCCCUAGGACGACCAGCCUCUUCAUCUGGUAAUUCUAGUUCCCCCGAGGCAGACCUGCGAAGUCUUAGUCACUCCGGGCACGGGCUGCCAGCUCACCUGGCUGGCUACCCACUUUACCCAAUGACAGGGCAUGAAGCUGAUCUCAACCACCCCUCCAAUCCGGCCCUCCUCUCGGCCCAGAUAAAGGCCCUAGAGGAGGCCCGUAACCAAGCCAAACUGGGUCAGUCCCUCCCCUACUCCUCCCUACAGGCCAUGCCAGGCAGCGCGGCCUCAGAGGCAAGGCAUGCCAGGAUUCACUCAGGGCGUCACAAGCCCCUGAACAGAACCCACUCAGCCCCCCUGCCCAUCGGUCACCCCUUCCUACAACAAACCUAUCUACAGAUGCACCAGCAGGCCGCAGCAGCAGCGGCAGCAACAGGGGACCACGGCAACCUGUCUUCAGAGCAACUGAUGAAGGAUAAAAUGUUUGUUAAGCAGCACAUUAGACAGGCAGUGUUACAGAGGGUCGGGAGUAAGUCUCACAUGGAGAACGUGGACGAGGAAACGGAGGCCAGACUAGCUCAGGAGAUGCGUGAGUCUCGAGAGCAGAUGAAUGAGGAAAUGCGAGAACGAGAAAAAAUGGACGAAUCGUAUAUGGAGGAGAAAGAUAUGCAGCUGUCCAUGAAACCCCGUCACAAAGGCCCCUCCCACCACCGGCCGCUGGCCCGCACACAGUCUAGUCCAUUAGUAUUGUCCAUCCCACCCCCAGAACCACAGGAAGCACAACCCAUCUCAUACAGAUAUACCACAGGUAUUGCAUAUGAUUCAAUCAUGCAGAAACAUCAGUGUAUGUGUGGAAAUAACGCUAACCAUCCAGAAAAUGCUGGUCGAUUACAGAGUAUCUGGUCACGCGUGCAAGAAACAGGGCUCAUCAACCGGUGUGAGAAAAUCAAAAGUCGCCGUGCGACGAUUGAAGAACUUCAAAGUUGUCACUCAGAACUUCACACAUUACUAUACGGCACAAACCCCAUGCAUCGACACCGAUUACUUGACCACAUUCAGUUCUGUAUGCUACCGUGUGGAGGUAUAGGCGUCGACUCGGACACAGUCUGGAAUGAAAUGCACACGUACACGGCAUCAAGAAUGGCUGCAGGGUGUGUUACAGAAUUAGCAACAAGAGUUGCCAACAAGGAAUUGAAGAAUGGUUUUGCGAUCGUGAGGCCUCCAGGUCACCAUGCGGAACAUAACCAACCUAUGGGAUUUUGUUAUUUCAACUCUGUUGCCAUAGCAGCAAAACAGUUGAGGGAGAAAUCAAAAGUGAACAAAAUUCUCAUUGUGGAUUGGGACGUUCACCACGGAAACUCCACCCAGCAAAACUUUUACAAUGACCCUAAUGUGUUGUACAUAUCUAUACAUCGUCAUGACAAUGGGAACUUUUUCCCAGGGACUGGGUCCCCCACGGAUUGUGGCGCCAAUGAGGGGCUGGGGUUCAAUGUCAACAUUGGGUUUAGUGGUUCCCUGUCACCGCCCAUGGGAGAUGCCGAAUACCUGGCAGCCUUUAGAACUAUUCUAAUGCCCAUUGCCAAGGAAUUUAGUCCAGACAUUGUGUUAAUAUCUGCGGGAUUUGAUGCCGCUGUAGGACAUCCCCCACCCUUGGGAGGCUACAAUGUCUCCGCAGCCUGUUUUGGUCACAUGACUCGUGAACUGAUGUCAUUGGCGGACGGCAAGCUAGUCCUAGCGCUAGAGGGCGGCUAUCAUCUGCCAGCUAUUUGUGAUGCUACAGAACUUUGUAUCAAAGCUCUUCUAGGAGAUGAGCUCCCACCGGUGAAAGAAGAAGAGCUGUGUCGCGCCCCCUGUAAACCUGGGCUGGAAACGCUAGAAGAAACUAUUAAAAUACAGGCUAAACACUGGCGCUGUGUUGAGAGGUAUCUAGGGACCAUUCAUUAUUCACUGAUGGAGGCACAAAAGAGGGAAAUGGAAGAAGCUGACACAGUAUCGGCCCUGGCCUCCUUAUCUAUGGUGGCUGCCAAACAAAGCAAUAUGUCUGAAGAGUCAUCCGAACCAAUGGAAGAGGAUAAGUCCUAACCCUUAGAAACAGUCACCAUGGAAACCAGCACAUGUCAAGCUUUUGGCUGAUAGAGACUGUUGCCGCUAUGUUGUGAAUUCAUUCAUAACUUCUCCUUGUCGCUGUAAACAGACCAGUCAGCGUCGGUUGUCUGUUUUGAUGUUUCCCGAUGCCCUGGGUCCAGAUGAGAGGGCACGUAGGCCGCGAGGAUAGUGGACGUUUGGAACCCAGAAGAUGUACAGAGCCUUAAUUAUGUACAUGUAUCAGAUAGAUGUACAGGUGACCGAAGUCGGUCAGGAAUACCUGGGUUUUAUUUAAUUCAGAAAGAAAUAGAGAGAUUGUACAAAAGAAAAAUUACCUUUGACAAUUCUGUAGUGUUGAGAACUAUUUAUGAAUAUAUUUAUAUACGAUUAUAUAUUAUAAAUAUCUGUGUAUAGGAUUUAAGAAAUUGUUUCAGAACUUUUUUUUGUGAUCUAGAUGUUUGCAGAUAGACUUACUGUCAAUAAGUUAAGCUAUGUGAUAUACUGAUGAUGGAAACAUGUGGGGAUUUAAAGCAGGUGUAUUUAUUGUUGGUAAAUAUUUGUUAUCAUACAGGUGUAAAAAAAAUACUAUAGUCAGUCAUUGACUAUUUUUGUCUUGUCUUUUGCAGCAGAAUGUAUAUUUUUACUUGUUGUCAAUUAUUUCUGUCAAGUAUUUGAAUAAAGAUAAAUAUUUUGCAAUGGUAUCAAAUUUUUCUUGAUUUUUACUUCAUUUUAGAAUUUAUCUGUAUGUAGCAUGACAUAUCUUUUUAUAAACUGUUAUCCUGUGCAUGUUUUUUUAAAGAGCAGGGGCUUUUUUUUUGGAAUUGGACCCUUAAAGUCCAAAAUAUUUUUCAACAGAGUAAAUCUGGAGGAACAUGGAGGUUGAACUUUGACCUUUUUAAUUGUCCAAUGCCAGAGGCAUUGAAAGCAAUCAAAUUUUGAUAUUUUCAACAUUUUUUUUUUAAACGGUCUUUGUCCAGUCCUGUUCAUUCAAUUGAUCACACUGGAAAGGAAUGUAAAAAUUUAUCCCCAGUGCUACUAGAGUUUGAUUGGCUAUAUAAAAAGAAACAGUUGUACAUUUCUUACAACGUCGAUGUAUCGAUUCAUAGUAGUUGUCAUGAAAAAACUCUAUUUUUGUUGUUAUGAAGUCUGAUUCAUGUACUUCAACCUAACACAUCCAUUUUUGAGAAAAGUAUUUGACAUUUGUAAUCAUUUGACCAAUCAGAUCUGGUGUAGCAAGUGCUGGGAGUAUUUUUUUUUUUGACCAAUCAGAAUUGGUUUUAUGUUUGUAUUUGUUGUUAAGCCUUGUGAUACUCCAUACUAUUGUUAUUGUGAGCAGCAAUAUUAUUGGUUCUGUCAGAUGGUAGUCAUGACGCUUUACUGUACUUGUUAUCAACAAUAAAUGAGCAAAUCAA